AGAUCCGUGAGCGAAUUGCAUCCCUUGCUCGGUAAGGAGCUGGAACGUGACACAAGACACCCGGGGCGGUACCUGUGUGGGUGGGUAGCUGCCAACGAUGCGUUCUUCAAUAGCACCUCUCUGGCGUUCAGUUUUGAAGAUGCGACGGGGUAUUUGGUGAAGAUUGCCGUCUAUGGGUUGGAUGAUCCAGAACUAUCGCUGGAAGAGCAGCAGCGCAGCUUGACGAGCCGAUUCUCAAAUGGCCGGCCGAUUCUCAUAGUUGAAGCAUAUCUUAGGGUGGAAGUCGAUGGGUCGGAGAGCGUUCGCUUUGAGCAGCCUGACACAAUCGGUCCA